AUGGGUAAGGCGGCGAAGGGUGGAAAGAAGCUCCCCUCAGCGCCAUUGGCGGACAAGAAGAAAAAGGCAAAGAAGAAGAAUCCUCUCUUUGAGAAGGCACCCCGGAACUUCCGUCUUGGUGGGGACAUCCAGCCGAAGAGGGACUUGACCCGCUUCGUGAAAUGGCCCAAGUACAUCCGCCUGCAAAGACAGAAGCGCAUCAUGCUGAUGAGGCUCAAGGUGCCUCCCGCCAUCAAUCAGUUCAACAUGGCCAUUGACAAGAAUCAGGCGGCCAAUGUGCUGAAACUCUGCAAGAAGUACCAGCCGGAGACCAAAGAGGCGAAAAAAGCUCGGUUGAUGGAGAUGGCUCAGCAGAAGAAGGAUGGUCAGGAAGUGAAGACUAAGAAGCCACAGGUUCUGAAGUACGGCCUGAAUCACGUGACCACCUUGGUUGAGCAAAAACUGGCCAAGCUAGUGAUUAUCGCGCACGACGUGGAUCCAAUCGAGUUGGUUUGCUGGCUUCCCGCCCUGUGCCGCAAAAAGGACGUGCCCUAUUGCAUCAUCAAGGGCAAGUCCCGCUUGGGCCAGCUGAUCCACCAGAAGGCCUGUGCUUGCGUGGCCAUCACUAGCGUGAAGUCUGAGGAUGAGAAGGAGUUGAGCACCCUCAUCAACAACUUCAAAGCUCAGUUCAACGACAACAUGGAAAACCGACGCCGCUGGGGCGGAGGCAUCAUGGGCAUCAAGUCGCAGCAUGUGACACAGCGCAGGGAGCGAGCCAUCCAAGCUGAGAAGGCCAAGAAGCUGGGCCUCCAACUUGCCUAA